CAAGUCAAAUGUAUAUUAAUAUAUCAAAAAUUUAUAACACAAAAAACAAAUUAUAUUUUUCUCAGUGGGUUAAUAACGGUCUUUUUGAUUUUCAGAUACUUUUACUAUAUUCAUUUUAUUAUAUUCUAUCUCACUAUAUAUGAGUUAUUAGAUUUUACGGUUCGACCACAAGUCUGAUUCGGAUAUGAAAACUCAAUAAAAACAUUGUACCGAACUGAAAUAAUAAUAAUAGAACAGCUUUUAAAUAUUUUAGAUAUCUAAUAAUAAAUAUAAAUUCAUUUAAUAUUUGAGUUUAUGAUCACCAAAAAAAUAUCCGCGCUUCUUAAGCGCGGGUCAAAAUCUAGUAAGUGAUUAAGACUUAACAAAAAAAUUUAUUGGUGCGAUUCUAUUACUCAACAAAAUGUAGACAGUAAAUACCAUUUAACAUCUCAACGUAUAAAACAAAAUGAAACCAUAAGAUAGAUAAUAUAUUCGACACUGCUUAUGUUUUAAAUGCUGAGAUUGUGUUGACAAGAAAAAAAAAAUACUGAAAUUGUUACUUUUAGAAUUUUUACACUUUACAAAAAAAAUAAACAAAAACGGAAUGUUAAUAUCAUUUUUUAUUUAGUAAGCUGUAAAAUUUUCUUGAUUUAACUUAAUAUGUUUAUUCUGUCAAAUCGAGCACACAAAAAAAAAUUCAACUCUUUUGUAUUUAAUUUCUGAAAUUUCCUUUCAUUGAUUUAUAGAUCUUACUUAAUAUUUAUUACAUAAAAAUAAUAUAAACAUCAAUUUUCAUAACAAAUUAUUGUUGUUUAACAGCUGGUAUCAAAAAUGGACAAUUAUAUUGUCUCCAUAUUUUAUGCGAAGUUCAUAACAUUUUAUAAAAACAACUAAUUUUAUCAAACCGAAUAGAUAAAAUGUUUAAAAUUUAAAUUCACCAGAUGAGAACUAACCAACAAAGUUAUAAAAGCCACACGUGUGGCGCAUACCCUGCGCAGAUAAGGUCUCCUCCUUCCUUCGUCUUCCUUCUCUCAAAUUCCAAAAAAAGAAAAACAAAUCCUAAAAGCUCAGAAAAAAAACUUCCAAAAAUGCCGGGGAACUUAGAACCGUUGGAUCUCGGAAUCCAAAUACCUUACCAUUUCAGAUGCCCAAUCUCAUUGGAGCUUAUGACCGAUCCAGUAACCGUCUCAACCGGUCAGACUUACGACCGCACAAGCAUCGAGUCAUGGAUCGCCACCGGAAACACCAGUUGCCCCGUCACACGCCUCCCUCUCUCCGACUUCACUCUCAUCCCUAACCACACUCUCCGCCGUCUAAUCCAAGAAUGGUGCGUCGCCAACCGCUCCAGCGGCGUCGAACGGAUUCCCACGCCGAAACAGCCGGCGGAUCCGAUAUCCGUCCGGUCUCUCCUCAGCCAAGCUUCCGCAAUUUCGGGAACUCACGUCUCCGUCCGCUCACGCGCCGCCGCGAUUCGUCGUCUCAGGGGAUUGGCUAGAGAUAGCGAGAAGAAUCGCGUUUUGAUCGCCGGUCAUAACGCGAGGGAGAUUCUCGUGAGGAUUUUGUUCGCUGACGUGGACGUUGGAGUCGAAACGUCGUCGUCCGAGGUUGUUACCGAGUCCCUCGCGCUUCUGGUUAUGUUUCAUAUGACGGAGGGAGAGUGCGAGUCCAUCUCCUCGGAUCCGGGUCGGGUCGGGUUUAUGACCCGGUUACUGUUCGAUUCAUCGAUUGAGAACCGGGUCAACGCCGCGGCGUUGGUAGAGAUGGUGUUGACCGGAUCCAAAUCUACGGAUCUGAAAAUGAUAAUCUCCGGGUCGGGUUCGGUUUUCGAAGGCGUGAUGGAUCUUUUGAGAAGUUCGGUUUCAUCGCGGCGAGCUUUGAAGAUCGGAAUCAAAGCGCUCUUCGCUCUCUGCCUCGUGAAACAAACGCGCCACCUCGCUAUCUCCGCCGGAGCCCCGGGGACUUUAAUCGACCGCUUAGCGGCGGACUUCGAUAGGUGCGAUACGGAGAGGGGUUUAGCGACGGUGGAGCUUCUCUGCCGGCUGCCGGAAGGAUGCGCGGCGUUCGGAGAGCACGCUUUGACGGUGCCGCUUCUUGUGAAGACGAUUUUGAGAGUGUCGGAUAGAGCGACGGAGUAUGCGGCGGGAGCGUUGUUGGCUCUGUGCACGGCGGAGGAAAGGUGUAGAGACGAGGCUGCGGCGGCGGGAUUGGUGACGCAGUUGCUGCUUCUGGUGCAGAGUGAUUGUACGGAGAGAGCGAAGAGGAAAGCUCAGAUGCUUUUGAAGCUUCUCAGAGAUUCAUGGCCGGACGAUACUCUUGUGAACUCCGACGAGUUCGGUCGUAGCGAAGUGGCGCCGUUUUGAUUUUUUUAGUUUUCUUUUCAAACAAGUAAUUUAUUAUUUUUGUUAGAGAUUUUAAAGUAGUCUUAAUCAUGUAAUUAAUUUUUAAAACAUUUUUUGUUUAUCAAAAGUUCUUUUUCUUCUUGAUUA